AGGCGAGCGCUGUCAGCGCGGUUAUAAGGGAGGGAAAAGUUCCCUGCGCGGAGAGCCGGGCAGGCGCACGUUCGUACGGCGGCCGCAGCGGCAGGGCGGGGCCGGCAGGGCGGGCGGCGGAGGAAGACCCCCGUUCGCGACCUCGCCUCCCUCGGUGUCUCUCUCAGACCUCGGCCACGUACCAGGGUCCGGAGGACUUGGCCAUGGGCGGCGUCGGGGAGCCCGGCGGGGGACCCGGGCCGCGGGAGGGGCCCGCACCGCUGGGGGCGCCCCUGCCCAUCUUCCGCUGGGAGCAGAUCCGCCAGCACGACCUACCAGGCGACAAGUGGCUGGUCAUCAAACGCCGAGUCUACGACAUCAGCCGCUGGGCACAGCGGCAUCCAGGCGGCAGCCGUCUCAUCGGCCACCACGGCGCGGAGGACGCCACUGAUGCCUUCCACGCCUUCCACCAGGAUCUCCAUUAUGUGCGCAAGUUCCUGAAGCCCCUGCUGAUUGGAGAGCUAGCCCCAGAAGAGCCCAGCCAGGAUGGAAAUCAGAAUGCCCAGCUGAUUGAGGACUUCCGAGCCUUGCGCCAGACAGCUGAGGACAUGAAGCUGUUUGAAGCUGACACCACUUUCUUUGCACUCCUGCUGGGCCACAUCCUGGCUAUGGAGUUGCUGGCUUGGCUUAUCAUCUACCUCUUAGGCCCUGGCUGGGUGUCCAGCAUCCUUGCAGCCCUCAUCCUGGCCAUCUCUCAGGCCCAGUGCUGGUGUCUGCAACAUGACCUAGGUCACGCCUCCAUCUUCACUAACUCCAGGUGGAACCAUGUGGCCCAGCAGUUCGUGAUGGGGCAGUUGAAAGGCUUCUCUGCCCACUGGUGGAAUUUCCGCCACUUCCAGCACCAUGCCAAGCCCAAUAUCUUCCACAAGGACCCAGAUGUGACCGUUGCACCUGUCUUCCUCCUGGGGGAGUCGUCUGUGGAGUAUGGCAAGAAGAAACGCAGAUACCUGCCCUACAACCAUCAGCAUCUCUACUUCUUCCUGAUUGGCCCACCGCUGCUCACCUUGGUGAACUUUGAAGUUGAAAAUCUGGCAUACAUGCUGGUGUGCAUGCAAUGGACGGACUUGCUGUGGGCUGCCAGUUUCUACUUCCGCUUCUUCUUGUCCUACUCUCCCUUCUAUGGUGUCACUGGGACACUGCUCCUCUUUGUUGCUGUCAGGGUGCUGGAGAGCCACUGGUUUGUGUGGAUUACACAGAUGAACCACAUCCCUAAGGAGAUUGGCUAUGAAAAGCAUCGGGACUGGGCCAGUUCUCAGCUGGCAGCCACCUGCAAUGUGGAACCUUCACUCUUCAUUGACUGGUUCAGCGGACACCUCAACUUCCAGAUUGAGCACCACCUCUUUCCCACGAUGCCAAGGCACAACUACCGCAGGGUGGCCCCCCUGGUCAAGGCAUUCUGCGCCAAGCAUGGCCUGCACUACGAGGUGAAGCCCUUCCUCACCGCCCUGGUGGAUAUCAUUGGGUCCCUGAAGAAGUCUGGCGACAUCUGGCUGGAUGCGUAUCUUCAUCACUGAAGGCAGCACUCUCACAGGUGGCAAAGGGGGUAAGGGCAAGAUCGACAGCCCUCCUCACCCCCUGCUGGGGCAGCCUGUCUGCCUGCCUGGUCCUGCUGGCUUUCCUCAGCCCUCAGCAUUUUCUGUUCAAGAGCCCUAUGGCUGUGGCACACGUCCAACAGGAACAGGGGCGGAGGGAACAUACUUAAAGCUAAAUGGUGAGCAUAGCAUGUUUUCCUAGAGCAAGAACUGGAGGAAAACUUGUUAUUUUUAUAUAAAAAGUAACCCAGACACACGGAGGCAAGUGUUGGAUUUUCAUGGAUUGUGGAGCCAAAUCUGCUUCAGACUUCCCAGAGGGGGCAUCAGAGUGUCGAGAUGGGAUGGAGUGUAAGGAGUUCCCCUCCACCCUGAGUGCUCUGGGUCCUGGAGGCCACAGCCACUCCAACUCAGCUCCACCUCAGGGCUUGGUUCCUGUUCCUACACUUAGCAGCACCCCGGGGUGAGUUAAUCAAGAGUCCAAGGUGGAGGGUCCUAUCUGUAGGAGCCGCUGGGUUAUGGGAUAAGGAAAGCCUAUGUAUGUGUCUGUGCGGCCUCGUAUAGCCCAGUAGUGGGGAGCUCUGCCAGACUUGGCAUGGAACAACAGUUGCUGUGCUGGACGAUUGGGGACUCGUGUGGCCAUCCUGUCCAUAAGUCUUGGGAUCUGAGGCCUGCUCCUUGAGCAAGAGCUAGCUUCCUACUGGGCCUCAGGGUAUUCAUCUGGACAAUGGGUGCAGUUGACUCUACCUAUCAACUUUUGGAUGGCUCUAGGGGGAGAUUUUGCUUUAUUUUGGCUUUCCUCACAAAGCGCUAAGGAUGCUCCCUUCUAUCCAUGCUAAGCACCCCAGUUUGGGAGGGCAUUCCUCCACUACUGCUAAAAAUUCAAACUCUGUGCUUUAGGCAUGCUAGGCAAGUACUGCACUCUUGACCUAAGCCCAAGCUUGGUGAGAAAGGAGAGGGGACAGUGGACUCUUUCACCCACAGCAGACACUCCACAGCUCCACAUCUCCUUUAAGGACAUCUCAGCAGCUUUAGGCUGUAGCAAACCCAGCAAAAAUGCCAAGCUGGGGACUGCUCCACUCUCUGUCCAGUGCCCUCUAUACUCUGUCCAGUGCUCCCAUUGCUCUAGACUGUGGUGUCUUUGAUUCAUGGGAAGGGCACAAAUAUUGUAGUUCUGGUCACACGUUUCCCUGGGCCUGCUCCAUGGAACCUGACCGUUCCAAGACCCAGAGCCCCUUAGUGUUCAUAGAGACCAUGAUUAGCACUUCUUCUCCUCUAGGAUAUCCUCCUCACAGGGUUCCUCCUCCCCUGCCCAGCCCAGCUCAGGGUCAGUGACUCGUGGGUUCCCAGAGCCUGGCCCGAGACCUCAGCCUGCUUUCAAAGAGGAUGACAGAGAGACUGGAUCUAUGGCAACCUUCUUCUUACCCUGGGCCAGGAGAGCAAAUGAUGGUCUUCCAUUUACAUUACCUCCCAGGCUGCAGUAGGCAAUAUAAAACUCCCUGUGACCUCCUUGCCCAGGGAAGUGCCAGCAGGAGCCUCCUGGAUAAAGCUAGUGAAGCAAAGGCUCGGUACCCACCUUGAUGCUCUCCCUUUCUCUGGGAGUAGGUGGGUGGGGGCAAGUGGAGGGCUAAGUCAUACAUCCACCAGGGCUUAAGGCUGCUUGACCUCAGGGAAGGAAUUCAAGCUCUCAAAGCCAAAGUAUCACUUCCAAAGUGAUGAGAAAUAAAAAGGAUGUCCCAGGAAGGCUGUUAGCAAAAGGCUGGGCUCAGAAGUGUGUUUAUAAGCCUUGCAUGCAUGAUCCCAUGCCCCUGGGCUAACUAUUUUGUGCCUUGAGACAAGCCUUUUGCUUUCUCUGGACUUUAUUUUUCUCCUCAGGUAAGGGCUGACUAUCCCAUGAAAGGCACUUCUAAGCCCUGUACACACACCUAUAAUCUAAGCCACUUAGGCUGAGGUAGGGGGAUCACAAAUUCAAAGGAAGCCGAGGCAACUUAAAAAAAUCCUGUCUCAAGAUGAUACUAACAAAUGUUUUAAGGGUCUGGGUGGGGAUGCAACUUAGUGGUAAGAUUGUUAGUCCAGCAUGUAUAGGCCCUGAGUUCAAGCCCUAACACACACAUACACACACCAAUUCCUGCCUCAAAAGCAAAUUUCUUAUGCCCAGAGUUUGUCACAUUGUCUUUUUGUACCAACUAUUCCCAUGCAAGAAGUCCCCUCUCCCAUUCAAAUCUUGAUAAACCUGAGUGCCACAUAGGUAUGGCCAAUCUGGGAAGGGCUCUGGAGGGCAUUCCUUCCGCAUACUGUCUGGCAGCACUUUGUCUCCACACUGCCAAGUGGUCAGAGUUCUGUUGGUGUCUCUGACAUGCUUAGGGACAGGACCUGCUCAGGGGAAUCACUGAGCCUGCAGCACCACCCAGGGGUACCCACAGGACUGCAAUGUGAACUGUGAUUCCAUGCUUCCCCUAGUGGUGGCCAUGGGGAAUGUGUUCUCCCUCCAAAUCCAGAGUUGUCUAAUAAAAUACCCUUCAGAGA